UGAUUGUCACUUUUAUCUUCCACAGGUUCUAUAAUCCAAGAUGUCUGUAAAGAGCUGGAAUAACACAAGGAUGUCAUCUUCACCCAGACUUAUUCCUAAGUGGGAGGACUUGAAACUCCUCAUAAAUAAUAUCCAGAAGGAUAUAAAGGCUGAUGGAAAACCAAAGAAUGAUGUGGUCGUACUGAGUGACUGGCCUGAGACUCUAUACCAGGAGCCUCACCAUCCCCAGAGCAAGCCUUUCAUCUGCUUCUACUCCAUGAAUGUCAACUAUUUUGUCUCCUUAAACUGGGUGGAACCGAGUUCAAAACAAAUGCAGGCAGUACUUUGGGUACAGAAAAAAGAUGGAGAAAUGGAAGGAAAGAUACAGAAGAUGAAGUUUCAUGUGAUGGAUCAAGUGCCACCCAUCAAAGCAAUGGUCCACACAGGGUCCUACCAUAUGUUAAUUGCUUACUGUGGCGACAUGCGCCUGUGGCUCUUCGAAGAUCACCAUCGAGCAUUCACAUCUCUGGGUACAGUGCCCUGUCGUUUCUCCAUCAGCUGCCUCUGCUACGACUCAGAAACUGAGAUGCUGCUCUCUGGUACCUUAGGGGCCGUGGUUACCUGGUUUAUCUUACCAAAUGGCCAGGGGCUCCAGAUGGCACAAACAGUGCCCAUGCCUGGCCGGGAGCUUGUGCAGGGCUUUUCCCUGAAUGGCCCCCAGGGCUCCCUCCUGGCUCUUUGUGAGAAUAAGGUGAGGGUCUUCACUCACCAGGGUCAGGGCUGGCUGGAAGAGGUAAAGAAGUUCACUCCCGUAGCCAGUGGCUCCUCCAUCACCUGCUCAUUCACUUGUGUCUCUCAGGGCUAUUUCUAUGCUGGAAACAGGGACGGAGAGAUCCAUGCUUGGGGUCUAGACCGGGGUAACUUCCUCCACAGUUUCCAGGCCCAUUCCUCAUCAGUGAUAUGUGUCCAUAGCCGGCCAGAGACCCACACCUUACUAACAGCGGGCAGUGAGGGCAUAGUGAGGGAAUGGAAUCUUGCCUUUGGAAACUUGCUGCGGCAGCUGGAUAUCGAUGAGGAUCUGCAGCAACUGCAGUUUAUUGAUAACACCACUUUUUUCUGCCAGACUACCCAUACUUUCUCAUUGCACCAUCUGCCCUACUUUUAUAGCCUCUUCAAUGUCUGUGGUUCUGCUCCCCAGCAGGUGCAGCGGGUCUGCUGCGGCCAUAAUUGGACUCGAAUCCUGUGUGCCACUAAGGAUGGUUUGCUGCGCUUCUUGUCUCCAGUAACAGGAGAUCUCCUGGUUAUCACCUGGCCUCUACUUGUCAUGGAUCAGGCUGUGGCUUGGGCCUAUGACCCAGACAGAGAGGAGCUCUUUGUGGCAACAGACAGUUCAGAGGUGCUGGUGUUUGAUGCAACACGCUCUCCUUGCACAGCCAAGUAUCUUGUGUGCACUUCUGUAAACCCUGGGGAUAGAGUAAGAUGCCUGGCCUAUGGGCAGUCCUGUUUGGGCAAGGGCCUAGGAGGAUUGAUGUUCUGUGGGCAUGAGAGUGGCAUUGUGAGAAUCCUCUCCCACUAUAGCUGUGCCCGAACAGAGACGACUGUUCACUCUGGGGCUGUAUUGGUGUUGUCUACCCUGGAAGGUCCCCAGGAGAACUCCUUGCUCUGUUCCUAUGGCACGGAUAACGUCAUCCACCUGACAGAAGCUGUGCUUCAGAACAAGGUAAUCCUGCAGCCUGUCAGCAAAAUUCUCUGUAGCUGUCCCCUAAAACAUGUGAUACUCUUGCCGGGUUCUGUUGGGGCGAUCACUGAGAAUCACUGCUGGCAUCUCUGGCACUACCAAGAUUUUCUGACAUCUUCAGAAUCAAAACAAAGCUCUAUGUUGAAAGAGACAAAAUGCCUGCAUGAGUGUGCCAUCAGUUCAUUUGAUGUCUGCCUUUCCUUGAAACUUUUUGUCACGGGGGGCAUUGAUGGCUCAGUCCGGAUCUGGGACUUCCAUGGUAGACUCAUAACUGAGUUGGACUCAGCAUUGCAUUUUGGCCCACUCUGCUUUGCCAAUAAUCGGGGUGAUCUGCUUUUGACUUUCAACCAGAGCCUUUACCUGGUAUCCUGCUUAAAAUUGCUCCAUCCAGCUCAGCUGAUUCACCUCACUAUCCUAAACAUUGCUGAUGAAAUACAAGAAGUCCCUAAACUGUUCCUGCCUAGCUUCUUCUUUUCUUUUGAAACAGUAUUUUUACCCAAAUUUGUCUACCUUGGACAAGGGCUGCAGGAAUUACAGGGACUAGAGGCCCUUGUUAACAAGCGAGUCAUUGCCUUCGACAAUACUGUGCCCCAUGUUGUAGAGGAAGAAAGAUUUAUGUCCUCUGUGAUUACAGAGGGACCCAAACUGCAUUUUUUGGAGGAUAAGGAUGUUGAUUUUUCUACUCUUGACCCCAAACAUAAUCGUCCCCUACAUGUGGUUCCUGCUCAGUUACGGCUGGCUGGCUGGGAUGGAUUGAACCCCUACCAUAUAUUACAGUGCUUCUUUGGUCAUGGACGGCAAUGGCCCUUUGCUCCUGAUGGCUACAUCCCCAACUCAGUGAUCCGUGCCCGCCUUUGGCCUGAGGGUACCCCAAUCUUCCUACGCUGUGAUAUGUACCCAUCCUACCAAGAUAAGGACUGGGACAUGACUGAACUGUCACCUAGGACUCUAGUAAAAGAGAAAAUCUCAAUGAGUAAACGGGAGAAUAAACCCAAGCAGUGGAAACGAACUUUCUUAGAUGUUCUUGUAAGCAUGAGAAACCAAAAUUGGAUGGUAAGAAACUUAGAUGAAGGACGUAUAAAUAAUUUAAUCGAGGCCAUCCUCAACCUCACAAUUUGCUGUUCUGUAGAGCAAUACAAGAAAUAUAUUCAUGUCUUGGCACAAAUUUUUGCCACUUAUCAAGUGUCUGCAAAGUUGCGCUCUGAGGCUGCCUGUCGCCUCCUUGAAGAUACAACCUAUUACAAUCCAUGGAUCCGUGAGCUAGCCUGGGAGGGGCUAGAAAGGCUAGGCCUCAUGAGCCAUCUCUUUGCUAUUCCCCUGGCUAUGGGAUUGAUGGACAGUGAUGAAAAUGUGCGGACUAAGGCCUUAUACCUUAUGAUAAGAGUCACAGGCAUCCAAACUAAGACCAUGCUGGUAGGCCUGCUCAAGAAACAAGACACUCUCCAGGAAAUGCAGCAGCAAUUUAUUGGAGAAGCCUCUCUGGACCAGCUUCUGGGGAUUCAAGCUAAAGAUAUCCAGUUCCUCCUUACUCACGUGGAGCGGCGGUUAAAUGAAAACCUGACCUUGUCAAGUAGAGACCAACCAGUUACUUUUUCUUUAGAUAUAUCAAGGGGUGGUGAACUUGAGGCCCUUGCCGAAGAAACACUCAUACCUUUGUCAGAACCUGAAAGGAUCACUAAGCCGAGGAAGAGAAUGACACGUGUUCAAGCAAGGAGCAGAAAUCUUAGUAUGUAUGGGGUAAUAUGUGGCACUCCAUACCCCAUGGGUAAUUGGUGCCCACCUCAGGGCACCAAAAGGCAGAGUCUAUAAGGCCUGUAAGGCCAACGUAUAUAAAAAGAUUCCAGUGGGAACAGAGUUAAGU